GCUAUCGUUUAUUAUGGCUGCGCUCUAGGAUGCGUGGCUCUUCGGCGAAACUUGUCAUCGUCUUUUAACCAAGUUUACCUUAUUUAUUUACGUCAUGUCAGCGCGCAGUAUGCUUAUACACCUCCCUCGGCUUUUGCACCGCUCCUUUGGUGCCAGGAGGUCGUUUUUAGCGAAUUUAUACCACACUCAGCGUGGUGUGUACGGUUUCAGACCGAGAGACGGUCCAGAAAGACGGGCAGAGUUAACGCAGAUCUCCGCUCUUAACCGAGAUCACGGACUGGCGAGACUGGUGGAGGCCUAUCGAGCACAUGGACACAAAGUAGCUAAAAUUAACCCCUUACUACCACAAAGUCCCGUGCUGGAGAGUGUACCGGAGAUAAGCCUGCUGAAUGGAGCUGUUCGUGGAGUCCUCAACACUACCGGGUUGCGGCACUUUGGUAAAGCUGAGGCGACUGCAGAAGAGGUUGUGGCGUAUCUGGAAAGCACAUACUGUGGGGGAAUCUCAGUGGAAACCUCUCAGCUGCAGACCUUACAGGAACGAGAGUGGUUUGCUGACCGCUUUGAGGAGCUCAAAAAAGAGGCGUUUUCUCCAGAGGAAAGGAGAAUGCUGGCUAAACUGAUGCUCGAGUCACAGGAAUUUGACCACUUUUUAGCCACUAAGUUUGCAACUGUGAAGCGGUAUGGAGGCGAGGGAGCAGAGAGCAUGAUGGGAUUUUUCUACGAGCUGUUUCGCUCUUCAGUAUACAGUGGAGUGACGGAUGUGGUUAUGGGAAUGCCUCAUCGCGGACGCCUUAAUCUGCUCACCGGCCUUCUUCAGUUUCCUCCUGAGCUCAUGUUUCGUAAGAUGAGGGGUCUCAGUGAGUUUCCGGAGCACUCUCCCUCUAUCGGAGACGUCUUGUCCCAUUUAACGUCUACAGUGGAGCUUGACUUCGGGGCAGGACACCCUCUCCAUGUCACAAUGCUGCCCAAUCCUUCCCACCUGGAGGCCAUCAACCCUGUGACACAGGGAAAAACACGAGGCCGACAGCAGGUCAAACAGGACGGUGACUACUCCACUGACCCUCAUUCACGACCGGGAGACAAAGUCAUCUGCCUGCAGGUUCAUGGCGAUGCUUCAUUUUCAGGACAAGGAAUAGUACCGGAAACCUUCACCUUGUCAAAUCUUCCUCAUUAUAGAGUGGGUGGAAGCAUCCACCUCAUUGUAAACAAUCAAGUGGGCUACACCACUCCCUCUGAGAGGGGAAGAUCAUCUCUCUACUGUAGUGAUGUUGGUAAAAUGGUGGGAUGUGCAAUAAUCCAUGUGAACGGCGAUGAUGCUGAAGAAGUCCUCAGAGCGACCCGGCUGGCGGUGGAGUACCAGCGACGCUUCAGAAAAGACGUCAUUGUCGAUCUGCUUUGUUACCGGCAGUGGGGCCACAAUGAGCUGGACGAACCCUUUUUCACAAACCCUGCAAUGUAUAAAAUAAUACGGUCAAGAAAAAGCAUCCCAGAUUCCUAUGCUGACCAGCUGAUCUCUGAGGGUCUGAUGACAGACGAGGAGCGCAGUCAGAUCAAGACCAGCUACUACGCUACGCUCAACAACCAGCUGACUAACAUGACCCUCUACAGCCCUCCACCCACAAACCUGCAGGGCCGCUGGGGAGACCUGGUGGAGCCCCAGAAUAGAGUCUCGUGCUGGGACACUGGCGUCGCACAGCCCCUGCUGCAGUUUGUUGGAGCCAAAUCAGUGGACAUACCUGAGGAGAUCAUUCUGCACAGUCACCUGAGGAAGACACACGUGCAGGCACGUCUGCAGAAACUAGAAGAGGGCACAAAAUUGGACUGGUCCACAGCGGAGGCUCUGGCGUUUGGCACAUUGCUAUGCCAGGGUAA